CUUAUCAUUUGGCCAUUAAAUUAUUACGUGGCCCAUGGUGACCCUAAAGUAGCCAACCACUUCCUCAUUAUUCCACAUCCUCCAUGUUGCCUCCUCGUAAUCUGUCUCUGCAAUAGAAAUCCAAAAGAAAGCUCAUGAAAUCAAACACUGCCUUUUUUUCAUUGGUUAGAGGCGUCCGAGAAAGUUGAAGAUUCAGAGAAAGCUGUCCAAUCUAACAGUUAUAAUUGCAGGAAAGAUAUUGGUUUGUUUUGUGGGUCAAUCUUUUGCAUGAAAAUGUCUGAUACCAAAACAGUUCCUACAGCUCAGUCUAAUGAAGAACUUCAUAAACCAAAAACCAAGAAGUCGAAAUGGGUUCCGCGCAAGCUCUUGGUCAAGAAACGUCAGAAUUCGAUCGUCAAUACGAAGCCUUUUGAAGAAACUCCUACAACUCCAAAACAAAGAGUUGAAGUGGCAAGAGCGGAGGAACUCGAAGAAAAUCGCACCGUUACUGAGAAUCAGAAAUCAGUCGAAGAAAAUUUUCAAAAGACAGUGUCGAUUCUGCGGAGAAGAGAGGAAAGAAGAACUGGAACGUGGAGUCAACCCGGGUCUCCUCGAGAUUCUUUGCUGCUGUCUCCGAAUCCACCAUCAGAUUCUCGGAUCAAACACAAAAAGAUACAGCAAAACAACAAUGUGAAAGUUAAAAAAAGGGAUCCCUUGAUGGGUAUAUCGAUUAUCAUAGUGAUUCUGAUAAUAACAUUGAUUUGGGGCCGAUUGUGUGCCAUUUUGUGUACGUCUGCAUGGCUUUUCUUCAUCUCUCGUUACAAAAGUGAAAGUAAAACAAGCAGUGGCUCAGGUGAUGUUGAUUUGGAUUCUGAAGAGUAUAAGAAGAGAGUGGUUUUCGAGGGUUUUCUGGAAAGAGAUCACAGGGCUAUUUCAACAUGAUGUUUGCGUACGCCAUGGAUGGAUGCGCAUUUUAGCAAAAACAUAAGGUUUUUACUAAAAUGAGCGGGAGUGUAGGUUAGGUACAGUGUUUCUUCUAGAAGUUUGUUCGGGUUUUCAACGGCUUGUUGACUUGAUUCUCACGUGAUAUUAUAGGAGGGGAGGCGUGCCUCAAAAGAAGUUUAAUCAUCGUGAUGGCCAUAUUAUUAUACACCAUGUCAUAUUUUAAUCUUGAAUGAAAAAAUAAAAGAUUUUAAUUAAAA